AUGUCUGACUAUUCUAACAACUACUACUACGGUGGCAACUCCCAGCGGGCGGAGAAAUCCGUGAGCUAUGCCCUCUAUCUGCAUCGAAGGGAGUUGGGUCGCCCCAAGCGCAAGAUGAUGCGGAUAGCGAGCACCAAGCUGCAGCUGACAAACGAGCUCAUCCAGCUGCAGCAGCGUCGCCAAUGGGAGACGGCCUUUGACCUGGAGUUCGACGCGGAGGCCUCGUCCCAGCAGAUGAGUGCCUUGGACCGGGAACGGGAGUAUCGCGACCGAUUGCGCAGCAAUAUGCAAAGGCAGCUCGAGAAGCAGCAGAAACGCAAGCGAACGUUUCUACAGGAAAUCGGCAAGCUAUAGGGUAUUAUCAACCAGAACGCGGAAGUCAUUAAUUAAUUAAUUAGCAGCCCUUUUAAGUAUUAUUAAGAGUAUUAUAACUCAAC